AAAAAAAAAAAAAAAAAAAAAAAAAAGAAUCCAUUUUCUUCUGCUUUUUAUAUUUAUUUCAUCUCUACAUUAUACAUCUAAUGAUUCCAGGAACAACUCCCCAUUCUACUUCAGACUUUACUACAGAGACUAAACCAACAUUAGGAGAUAUCCCACCUCCACUUGUCGGCGCUUCAACUACAGUCGUAGGCAAUAAACUCUAUCUCUUUGGUGGUCGACUUGUGUCCUCUCGACAAAUGAUAAACGAACUGUACAUUCUUAAUUUAGAUAGCUUUAUUUGGACACAUCAUAACACUCAAAAUGCACCUCAAGCCCGUUAUUUUCAUUCUACAUCUCUCUUUCAUCACAAGUUAGUCGUCUUUGGUGGUAUGAGUAGUUAUCAACAGGGCCUUUGUGCUCUUGAUGAUAUUUGUAUCUUUGAUCUAGACAGUAUGAGUUGGCAAUAUCCUAAUAUUCCACCCAGUAUUUAUGCUCCUCAAGCACGAUAUGCACAUCUUGCUGUCAUUUGCUCAAGUAAUAAAUUGGUUAUUAUGGGUGGUCAAGAUAUGUCGAAUCAGUAUAUAAAUGAAAUGAAUAUCUUUGAUCUGACUACUCUUUGUUGGGUACAAGCGAAUACAAUGCCUCAUCAAUAUGGUGCCUAUCGAGCCGUUGCCUUUUGUCCUGAUUCCUUUUGGCAUGAAGAAGCGAAUGAAGCUCUUUGUUGUGUCUAUUCUAAUUAUAAUUUUACAGACGUUACAAGAGAUCUGCAAAGCUUUUGUCCAUUUUCUUCAUCUCAAUCUGUUAUCAAAAAUUAUUCAGAGAAUAUGUCAGGUGUUGUCCUACCUCCAGGAUUACGGUUCCCUACUGGCGAUCUCUUGGGUCAUCAUCUCAUCUUGAACGGCACCUAUCUUACACCUACACAUCGUUCCUUUCAUAUUUGGGCCCUUAACUUGUCUAAUCUCGUCUGGGUCAGGAUCGAUACUGGCCAGGUUCUCUCUCAAGGUUCUUGGAACCGUGGUGUUCUGUAUGGUCAAAGAUUCAUUGUGUUUGGUGAUAAAUCACGUGAUUUACUUGAGGACUAUAAUCAUCGUCAAGUCAACUUUACUCAUGCGGUUGUAGUAGAACUAGAGGCAUUCGGUAUCUAUGUUAAUCCAUCAGAGACAUGUGCACCUAUUGCUCAAGAAUUGGGUCUAAGUAUGUUGAGUGAAUUAGCCGACAUGGAAUUUCAGACAGAUGAUGGAAGAACGAUUCCUGUUAAUUCAGCAGUUGUCACACUUCGUUGGCCUCAUUUUGCGAAACUAAGUGCUAAUAAAGAUCAUACUCAUCGAUUAUUUCAUUUCCCCGAGAGUUAUUCAGUAACAUUAGCAUUUCUACAAUACAUUUAUACAGAUCAUCUCAUGACAGCUCAACAACAUCAACCCCACAUUCUUUCUCGAUUACUAGUAUUAGCAGACAUGUAUGGAUUAAGUCGUUUAGCACAAUUGGCUACCCAUGCUUUACAUCAAAUCUUAACCAUCUCAACAGCCUCUAUGGUUUAUGAAACUGCAACCCUCACAAGUCGAUAUGCUCUUCAAGUACGUGCAUUACGUGUUCUGUUUAAUGCUAAAAAGAUGCUUGAACAACAAGACCCUCGUCAUUUACUUCAUACUUCGAAAUCAUCUACAACCGCAAUGCCGACCACUACUACUCAAGAACAAGUACCUCCAUCUCCUAAACAUUCAAAAUCAUCUCACUAUCCAAAAAAUACUGGAUUUCUAGAAAGAAAGAGUAGUAUUGUACCCACAAAUCAAUUUAUUGAGCGACCUAAUAUGGGCGUCCCCUUUUAAAAAAGAAAAGAAAAGAAAAGAAAAGAAAAGA